CUAGCUCCAGGCCUUUUCUCCUAUCCUCCCAAGUUCCACCUGCUCGCCCGCAAGUACCUUUUAAACCUUUCAAGAACACGAGGGAAUCCACUCUUCUGCUAGUUAUCGAUAGAAUCUCUCUGUAAAUACUAGAGUCGCCUCGCUUUGGCCUGUAUGCAGAGCCGUUUUCACCCAGAACCGCUGUUGGGACCUUAGGCACGAGACCACCUGCUACUUGCUAGAGUUCGAUCUUCAGGGGAGGGGAUUAGGAGAAGAAUAAGGCAAAGGGAACAGGUCACCAUGAUCCCACAACUGAGCCCGGUUCCAGCUCUUCCCAAACCCUUCGGGCCACACAAAGUCGGCACCACGGAAUGGGAGAUUCCUGUCUCUGAGAUCCCCUCGCCGUCGCCCACUCCAGAGCCCAAAAUCACCACCAUCAAGUUCCGCCUGUUUUAUCCCACGACACCUAAGGCGAAGUCGAAGACGUCGGUUCCCUGGCUUCCAACACCGCAACGAGAAUGGAACCAGGCGUAUGCAACUUUCCUGGGCGCCAGUCCCCGUGUCUCGUCGCUGAUUUCCCUCAUACCUUUCCUGAUCAAUAUGACCAACAUCCCAGCUGUGGCAGACGCACCACUGUUACAGAGGGACCCGUCUUCCAAGUACCCUCUCGUGGUCUUUUCGCAUGGGUUGGGAGGGAAUUUCAACGCCUACAGUGCAGUGUGCGCAGCGCUGGCCAGUUUUGGGAUUGUGUGCGCAGCCCCCGAGCAUCGCGACGGCAGCGCCCCUAUUUCCCCAAUCCGCUCAGCUGAUGGCCGCAAAGCCACCACAAUCCCCUACCAAAAGCACCCUCACGCUCCCACUACCAAAGUCCUCAACGCUCGCAACGCUCAGCUGAGGAUACGACUGUGGGAGUUGGAACAGUUGUUCACCGUUCUGACAAGUUUCAACGAAGGCAAGACCUUCUCCAACUACACCGCGGUACGGAGCAAAUCGAAGCCGGGCCCGUCGUUAAAAGACGCGCUCGAUCUGCGACCGGGCCACGUAACGUGGGCAGGCCACUCCUUCGGCGCCUGUACCACCGUCCAGUUUGUCAAAUCAGUCUAUUAUCACGAAUUCUUGCCCUCCCUCAAAGGUACCGAGUUCGAGAAUGACCUGGACUACCGUCCUCUCUACAAACCGGCCGAUAACAGCGACCUGGUUAAGCAAAUCACACCAGAGUCACCCGUUAUUUUACUCGACCUGUGGGCCAUGCCCUUGCGUGCCGGCCUGACGAAAUGGCUCUGGGAAAAGCCCCUCCCAUGUUACCACCGCAGAUCGACCGACGGCCAAAGUCACCCUCCCACGAACGUCGUUGCAAUCAUCUCUUCCGAAUUCUAUAAAUGGCCUGAGCUGCUGAAUAGGAUGAAGGCCACACUGUCCGCAAGGCCCGCCGAGGCCAUGUACACGCUGGAGAAGCGCGAAGCUGCUCGGUCUGUUAAACUUCAGCAGAAGUCGGAACCGCAGCUGGUGGCAACGCCUGGGGACAAGCUUCCGCCAGACGUGCGAGAGCCAGAAAUCACCUCACGUCGAGGUUUUGAAGCGAAUCGGGGUGCAGAUCUAGAAUCCGACGAUGGGGACGAGCUCUUCGUAACGCCUUUCGCGACGCCUGGAGAGGAGUUCUCGCUUGACAAGGUCAUGACAAAUAGACGUAGCGGGUUUGAAGCUUGGAGAGGAGGAGGGUUGGAUGCCAACGACGUCGACAUAGACGCAGAGAGAGAGAUCGACGGAGAAUCAAUGAGAGACCCGGCCAGGCAGCCACUGCCAGAAUCAGAGCCGGAAGACGAAGAUGAUGACGUCCCUGGAAGUAUCGAGCUGGAUUCCCCAUUUGACGGAGAGGCAGAGGCAGACUCAGAAAUCACCUCUGCGUCUAGAUCAUCUACCUCUAGCAACGUCACGACUUCGUCUGCCUCGCCCUCAGAUUCGACGUCCUCUCUAUCAACGCCCGCCUCAUCCAUCCAGCUUAGCCGCACUUCCUCCCCGUCACCCACUUGCGACAGCGUUUCAAGCACAACCUCGACCUCUGACAUCGAGGUCAAAGCCACUACCAUCUCUUCCGGCGUGAAUGGACCUGACUCGGACAAGUUCGACCUCUCCUUCUCCCCUUUCUCGCUACUCCCACUGGACCUGCCCAAACUUUCCGUCGCCCCAAACCCCAACACGCCGUCUCCCUCAGAUCCACACCUCUACCUGAUCCCCAACACCGCCCACUUGUCACAGUCCGAUUUCGGCGUGCUCUUCCCAAAUGUGACGAGGUAUCUCAUGAACGCCGAGUCCCCGGUGGAGACCAUCAGACUGAACGUGCGGGCGAUGUUGGGGGUCAUGAGGAACAUGGGUCUCGACGUUGAAGGGUACCGUGACGACUGUGUCCGCGAGAAGAGAAAGGCCCAGGCUCAUCCUCGGCGAGAAGAGGAAGUCGAGGAUGACUGCGACGAGCACGAUCGGGUGGAUCCUAUACUCACGGAACGGUGCAAAGAGGAGAGGUUUCUGAGGGUCGAUCUCUAUUGACCUGAUCACUGGCUCUCAACCUCCGUGUUUUCUUCCUCUUGAGCCUCUAUCACGGCUCUACACCCUACUUCUAGUCUUUCUUUUUUUCGGUUCGAGCGAACUUAUGCUGGGCGGCGCUGGGUAGGGGAUGGGCGGGAAAAAAGGGCGACAACAGGACCUUCUUGACUUUCCCAACUUUUAUUUUCGAUUUCUCCCUUUUCUGUGUUGGUAUAUGACUUACAUUGCUUGCUUGACGGGAUAUGGCAUAUGGCAUAUCGGGUACGGACAUGAAGAGGGGACCAUGCAUUACGAUCUUGCGACGGGGAUUUUCGGCCUCGUUUGUUUAAGGCUUGGAAUUUUGGGGACGGUUUGUUUAAGCGACGCCUUCGAUUCUUGAAUCUUGUCUUUCAGGAGAAAAAGCCUUUCGAGCAUAGCGGCUGGGCCAGGAGCCCUGGAGUCUAAGCAUUCAGCGUCCCGCAGGUGGAUCGGAUUGUCUUCCUAGGGAACAUUGGGCACCUUAUAUGGUGUCUGUAUAUAAUCCAAAACGCGUUCAGACUCAUCACCGACGUCGUCCAAGUAAAGUUGGAUUUGAUAGUGGUUC